UAGAUCCCCUCGUUUCCCCGAUCCGAUCGCCAUCCGAACUCCUAGGGUUCGACGUCCGGCGGCUCCUUCUUGUUCCGGCGGCCUCUCCGGCCCUUCCUCUCCCCCUGCGUAUCUUCCAUUCUUGAUGCAGGACAAGGCGGCCGCGGAGGACGGCGAGAAGGAGACUUUUUCGAAGAAGCCGCGCCACUGCGAAGCCGAGAUGCCCCUUACUGAUUCCGAGGAAGACUCUUUCCUCUUUCCCGUGGAGGAGAUCGUCCAGUACCCUCUUCCGGGAUACGUCGCUCCCUCUUCCAUCAGCUUCAGCCCCGAUGGGCGCUUGAUCUCCUAUCUCUUCAGCCCAGAUGGUACCCUCCACCGUAAAGUCUUCGCCUUUGACGUUUCCUCACGGCGGCAGGAGCUUGUGUUUUGCCCGCCUGACGGAGGCGGCCUCGAUGAGAGUAAUCUCUCGGCUGAAGAGAAGCUGAGGCGAGAGAGGUCAAGGGAGAGGGGAUUGGGAGUCACGAGGUACGAGUGGAAAUCGAGGUCCUCUUCUUGCUCCGCUCCAGGGAAACCCACUAUCAUGGUGCCAUUGCCAAAUGGGGUAUAUUUCCAGGAAAUAUCAGGCUCAGAGCCAGAGCUCAAGCUUACAUGUUGUGCUGGCUCGCCAAUUAUUGACCCGCAUCUGUCACCAGAUGGAAGCAUGCUUGCAUAUGUCAGGGAUGAUGAACUCCAUGUUUUAAACCCGUCUGGUGGGGAGCCUAAACAAUUAACUUUUGGAGCAAUUGCAAAUAGAAAGACUCAUGGUCUUGCUGAAUACAUUGCUCAGGAAGAGAUGGAUAGGAAGACUGGAUUCUGGUGGUCUCUUGAUAGCAAGUAUAUUGCAUUUGCUGAAGUUGAUUCAACUGAGAUCCCUCUUUUCAGAAUUAUGCACCAAGGGAAAAGUUCAGUUGGCUCAGAUGCACAGGAAGACCAUGCAUACCCAUUUACAGGAGCUGCUAAUGUCAAGGUUCGACUUGGGGUUGUUCCUGCCUCUGGUGGAGAAGUUACUUGGAUGGACCUUAAUUGUGGAUUACCGGGUGAAGUUGGUCGAGAUGCAGAAUACCUAGCUAGAGUCAAUUGGAUGCCAGAUAAUUCUCUUAUUGCUCAGGUCCUGAACAGGCACCAUUCCAAAUUAGAGAUUUUUAAGUAUGAUAUUCAGACUGGGCAAAAGGAAACCAUACUUGUUGAAGAGAACCAUAUAUGGAUAAACUUGCAUGAUUGCUUCACACCUUUAGAUAAAGGUGUGAAUAAUUUCUCUGGCGGUUUCAUUUGGGCAAGUGAGAAGACUGGUUUUAGGCAUCUCUACCUUCAUGACAAGAGUGGGGUUUGCUUAGGACCCAUUACUCAUGGUAGUUGGAUGGUUGAGCAAAUUGCGGGUGUAAAUGAAAAUGCAGGUCUUAUUUACUUUACUGGCACCUUGGAUGGGCCACUGGAAUCUAACUUAUAUUGCACCAGCCUUUUUCCAGACCAGAAUGCUCCUCUACAACCACCAAGGAGGUUGACUCAGGGAAGUGGAAGACAUGCAGUUAUCCUUGAUCAUCAAAUGCAGAGAUUUGUUGAUGUCCACGAUUCUCUAAAUUCUCCUCCCAGAGUAAUUCUUUGUUCCUUACAUGAUGGGACUGCCACACUUCCUUUAUAUGAGCAGCCUUUUAGUGUCCCUCGUUUCAGAAAGUUACAACUUCUGUCACCAGAGAUUGUGCAAAUAUCUGCUAAAGAUGGUACAACUUUAUAUGGGGCUUUAUACAAACCUGAUGCAAAAAAGUUUGGGCCACCUCCGUAUAAAACAUUGGUCGGUGUUUAUGGUGGCCCUAGUGUCCAGCUGGUGGUUGAUUCAUGGAUAAAUACAGUUGACAUGAGAGCUCAGUACCUUCGGAGUAAGGGAAUCUUGGUGUGGAAGCUAGAUAACAGAGGGACUGCAAGGCGAGGAUUGAAGUUUGAGGGUCAUCUGAAACACAACUUCGGUCAAGUAGAUACCGAAGAUCAAGUGACAGGCGUAGAGUGGCUUGUGAGGCAAGGUCUUGCCAGAUCAGGUCAUAUUGGUAUAUAUGGCUGGAGCUAUGGGGGUUUUCUGUCAGCAAUGAGCCUGGCAAGGUUUCCCAACACUUUCUGCUGUGCUGUAUCAGGUGCCCCUGUGACUUCAUGGGAUGGAUACGACACAUUCUACACCGAGAAGUACAUGGGCUUGCCCAAUGAAAACCCUGAAGCCUACGAGUGUGGAUCAAUAAUGCACCACGUGCACAAACUCAAAGGGAAGCUGCUACUUGUUCAUGGAAUGAUCGAUGAGAAUGUGCACUAUAGGCACACAGCCAGACUCAUAAACGCACUCAUUGCUGCUGGCAAGCCAUACGAGCUUCUUCUCUUUCCAGACGAAAGACACAUGCCACGUCGACUACGAGAUCGAGUUUACAUGGAGGAGAGGAUUUGGGAAUUCAUAGAGAGAAACUUGUGAGUGGCCAUGUUAUUUUUCCUCUGGCAGGUCAAAUGUGAGUUGAAUGGCAUGUAGCUCUACCAUCAUUAGCCUGGUGAUUCUGUUGUGGAAGCCUGGAAGGAAGGGCCCAAACCUUCCAGACUUUCUCAAAUAAAAAGAGCGAGGAUCCGUUUCGUCAGGGUCUCCAUGGAAAAUACGCUAUAUCGGGAGUUGGAUUGAUGUUAUCUGGACUUCGGAGUUUGAGAGGGUCCUUUCAUGUAUGUACUGUUUAUUCUCGAAAAGCUUCUGUUGGAAAGUUGUAUUUCAACAACAGAAAUGUAUGAAUAAGAUCCAUUUAACUUA